CAUGAAAAUUACUACGUUCCAGAGAGAGAGAUAUUGCGAAUGCGAGAGAGCGAGCUCGACCGACUGAUCGGAGAUCGUCGCCGCCGCUGGUGAUCCCUCCUCCUCCUCCGCCGCCGCCGCCGUCGCCGCCGCCGCCGCCAGGGAAGGACGAUGGAGAUGGCGCUGCGAGCUCCGAGUCCGGUGAGCAGCGGCCCCGCGCUCGGCGCGGCGGCGCGGCGGCGCCUGAGGAUCGAGCCUCGCGUCGCCAGCGCUCCUUCGCGGUUUACUCCAUGGCAGACUGGAAAUCUUUCCUAUGGAGUUCCCUUUCGAAUCACUGCUGCGAGUGCAGAUUUUUCGAGAAGGAGAAACCGGAGAACGUCGAGUGCGAGGCCCAGAGGAUCUUCUCCGAAGGGAUUCAUGCCCAAAGUCCCUGUUGGAACCAGCACACAGAAUAAGGAUGUGGGAAAAGAUGGACAGAAGAAAGGUACUGGUAGUCCAACUUCUGAGCAUUCCGCACUCGAGUUAAAAUCUGAUUUUGAUGAGGAGCAAGAUCUUGAACUAAUCCAGAGAAAUGAGAUUGAUGAAGAAAGAGAUUCUGAUUUUGUUGAUUACCUCGAGGAUACAACAACAGCAAGCAUUGAUUCAGCUGCUUUGACUGACGAACAAGAUAGAUUUGUGGAGAAUGGCAGUAUGGUCAGGAAUAGCGAGGAGGCAGUGGAAUCACCACAUAAAGAAGUAGCUUCAAUGAGGGAUAUCAACAAUGUGGCUGAUGUUGGGGAUGAAAAAGGAGAUGCUUUAAAGAGCAAUGAACAGGAUGAUGACACAAUAAAAGUUAAAAGUUUUGAGUUGGAUGAGGAGAGAAUCGAUGAGGAUUCUCUUAAGCUGGAGAUGGAGACAAGUCUUCGAAAACAAGAAGCUGAAGCUGCUCUAAAGUUGGAGAUGGAGGCAAAUCUUCGAAAACGAGAAGCGGAAGCUGCUCUAAAGUUGGAGAUGGAGGCAAAUCUUCGAAAACAAGAAAUUGAGAGGCUUGCCAUGGAGAGCUUUGCUAGAGGCAACAAGUUAUUUUUUUACCCUCCGGUUGUGAAGCCUGAUUUAGAUGUGGAAAUCUUUCUUAAUAGGAGCUUGUCGACCCUAAGUAAUGAGCCAGAUGUUCUGAUUAUGGGAGCUUUCAAUGACUGGCGAUGGAAAUCAUUUACCGUCAGGCUGAGCAAGACCCAUCUCAGUGGUGAUUGGUGGUCUUCCCUGAUUCAUAUUCCCAAAGAAGCAUAUAAGAUGGACUUUGUGUUCUUUAAUGGGCAAAAUGUCUAUGACAACAAUGAUAAGAAAGAUUUUAGCAUUUCCAUGGAAGAUGCAAUGGAUCCCAUCGCUUUUGAAGAUUUUUUGCUGGAGGAAAAACGUAGGGAACUCGAGAAACUUGCAAAAGAAGAAGCUGAAAGAGAGAGAAAAGUGGAAGAGCAGAGACGAAUAGAGGCGGAGAGGGCUGCUAGUGAAGCAGAUAGGGCACAGGCAAGAGUGGAGGUAGGAAAAAGACAGGAGGCAUUGCAACAGUUGAUAAAAAAGACUGCAAAGUCAGUGGAUAAUGUUUGGUACAUAGAGCCUAGCGAGUUUAAAGGAGAUGAUAUGGUGAGAUUAUAUUAUAACAGAAGCUCAGGUCCUCUUGCUCAUGCUAAUGAACUGUGGAUCCAUGGGGGGCAUAACAAUUGGAAGGAUGGAUUGACUAUUGCUGAAAGGCUUGACAAAUCUGAGAGAAAGGAUGGUGAUUGGUGGUAUGCCAAAGUGGUGGUACCUGAUCAAGCGGUAGUGUUGGAUUGGGUUUUAACUGAUGGGCCGCCACACAAUGCUGUUGUGUAUGAUAAUAACAAUCGGCAAGAUUUUCAUGCUAUUGUUCCAAAUAGUAUACCUGAAGAGUUGUACUGGGUUGAGGAGGAACACCAAAUAUAUAGGAAACUUCAGGAAGAAAGGAGGUUGAGAGAGGAAGCUAUACGUGCCAAGGCUGAAAAAACAGCACUUAUGAAGGCUGAAACAAAGAAACGAACUUUGAAGACGUUUUUGUUGUCACAAAAGCACAUAGUCUACACUGAACCCCUGGAUAUGAAAGCAGGAGAUACCGUGACAGUGUUUUAUAACCCUGCCAACACAGUCUUGCAUGGAAAGUCAGAAAUUUGGUUCAGAUGUUCCUUUAACCGCUGGACCCACCGGAAAGGGCCAUUGCCACCACAGAGAAUGGUACCUGUAGAAAAUGGUUCUCAUGUAAAAGCCACUGUGAAAAUUCCUUUGGAUGCUUACGUGAUAGACUUCGUGUUCUCUGAGAGAGAAGAUGGAGGGAUUUUCGACAACAAAUUUGGCAUGGACUACCACAUACCUGUGUUUGGAGGAUUAAUAAGGGAACCACCAAUGCAUAUAGUACACAUUGCAGUUGAAAUGGCCCCAAUUGCCAAGGUGGGAGGCCUUGGUGAUGUUGUGACUAGUCUAUCCCGUGCUGUUCAAGAAUUAAAUCACAAUGUUGACAUUGUUUUUCCAAAGUAUGAUUGUUUGAACCUUAGCAAUGUCAAGGACUUCCAGUUUCACAGGAGUUAUGGCUGGGGUGGGACUGAAAUAAAAGUUUGGCAUGGAAAGGUGGAAGGUCUUUCAGUGUACUUUUUGGAGCCACAAAACGGAUUUUUCUCGAGAGGCUGCGUAUAUGGCUGUAACAAUGAUGGCGAAAGAUUUGGUUUCUUUUGCCAUGCUGCGUUAGAGUUUCUACACCAAAGUGGCUUCCAUCCUGAUAUCAUCCACUGCCACGAUUGGUCUAGUGCACCUGUCUCAUGGUUGUUUAAGGACCACUAUAAGCAGUAUGGUCUCAGUAAAGCUCGGAUUGUCUUCACUAUCCACAACCUUGAAUUUGGAGCACAGCUCAUUGGGAAAGCUAUGGCUUAUGCGGACAAGGCUACAACUGUCUCAAACACUUAUUCAAAAGAGAUUUCUGGAAAUCCUGUCAUCGCUCCUCAUCUAUUCAAGUUUCAUGGCAUAUUGAAUGGAAUCGAUCCAGAUAUAUGGGACCCAUACAAUGACAAAUUCAUUCCUAUAUCAUACACUCCAGAAAAUGUUGUUGAGGGAAAAAGAGCUGCUAAGGAAGCUUUACAGCAAAGACUUGGCUUGAAAAAGGCUGAUCUUCCUCUUGUUGGAAUUAUUACACGCCUAACCCAUCAGAAAGGAAUUCAUCUAAUCAAGCAUGCAAUCUGGCAUACAUUGGAGCGAAAUGGACAGGUCGUACUGCUUGGUUCAGCUCCUGAUCCUCGUAUACAGAAUGACUUUGUGAAUUUGGCCAAUCAAUUGCAUUCUUCUCAUGGUGAUCGUGCUCGCCUUUGUUUGACUUACGAUGAACCUCUUUCUCACUUGAUAUAUGCCGGGGCGGAUUUCAUUUUGGUGCCAUCAAUUUUUGAGCCAUGUGGAUUGACUCAACUUACAGCAAUGCGUUAUGGUUCUAUACCUGUGGUUCGCAAAACUGGAGGGCUUUAUGAUACAGUAUUCGAUGUCGAUCAUGAUAAAGAUAGAGCACAAGCACAAGGUCUGGAGCCAAAUGGAUUCAGUUUUGAUGGAGCUGAUUCUGCUGGGGUCGAUUAUGCUUUAAAUAGGGCAUUAUCUGGUUGGUAUGAUGGUCGGGAUUGGUUCAACUCACUGUGUAAGACAGUGAUGGAACAAGAUUGGUCUUGGAACCGACCAGCCCUCGACUACAUGGAGCUUUAUCAUGCAGCACGCAAGUUAGGAUGAAAAUUCAGCCGUGGAGAUUAUUGAAUUCAAGUGCCAUCACAUCACACGUACAGGCGCCGUGCAUUGUAUAUUUGCUUUAGUUUUUUGGCGUGUCAGCUUAGAGCUUGAAAUGAUGCAUCUAUCUUUUCUUUUCUUUUUCCUUUCUUUUUGUAGCACUAGCAAUACGAGGGUAGAUCAGCUUUAAUAAAGAUCUUUAAUUAUCAUUGUACAGAAGCAAUCACUUGACAAUUGCUUACUCAUGUUACAGAAAAGGCAAAUAAGAGAGAUGAGUGGUGGAAUUAGAAAA